GCAGCCUGGCUGGCCGGGAUUAUGCUUGUCAUGAGCCCUGCUUGCAGAGCCGGGACUGGAGCGCAGCGGUGGAGGGGGCUCUUCCCCACGUUAGGCUUCGGGGUCUCGGUGGCGUGACUCCCAGGCUCGAGGACACACUGGCGCUCCUUUGGGCUCCCUUCCCUUCCGCGCGAGGGGGAGGGGCCAGGCAUUCCAUCUCCGAACACUCCACCACGCACCCCCACCCCGUUCCCCUUCCAUCUCCCCCGCACUCCUUAGCCAAUGACAAGGGAGGAAGCAGUCCACGUGGGCCCGGGAAGGUUCCAAGGCUGGCAAAAUGUGAAUGAGAAAGAAGAGCGCGAUUCAAAGGUACUGCUGGCACCCGGGAGGGAGAAAGCGAGCGAGCGAGCGCGAGACCUUGGCGCUUGGCUCACCGCGGGACCCAGGCAGGGGAGCAAGCGAGGACCAGGCGACAGCAGGCAGGUCUGCCAGCCUCUCUGGAAGAGCAGAGAAGAGCGAAGCCGAACACAGGGCAGCUCGUCCCGAUGUCUCCCGGCCGCGGCCAGGGAGAACCAGCGCUGACCCGCCGCCGCCACCAGCGCCGAGUCCAGGCUGUCAGCUGCGCGCCUUUGCUGCUGGGUUUUGCCCUCAACUAGCGGCCUUGAAGCCGCUCCGUCGCUGCCGCUGCCAGUCCCGCUUCUCGUCUUGCGCGCACCCCGGCCAGCAGCGCCUCUAUGAGUGCAGCCUUCCAGCCCUCGCUCAUGAUGAUGCCGCGCCCUUUGGGAAGCAGCACUGCCUUUAGCAUAGACUCGCUCAUCGGCAGCCCAUCUCAGCCCAGCCCGGGCCACUUCGUCUACACGGGCUACCCCAUGUUCAUGCCCUACAGGCCGGUGGUCCUGCCGCCGCCGCCCCCCCCACCGCCGCCAGCCCUGCCCCAGCCAGCGCUGCCGCCCUCACACCCCCACCAUCACCAGAUCCCCAGCCUGCCCACCAGCUUCUGCUCCAGCCUGGCGCAGGGCAUGGCGCUCACCUCCACCCUCAUGGCCACCCUGCCCGGCACCUUCUCGGCCUCCCCGCAGCACCAGGAGGCGGCCCGAAAGUUUGCCCCGCAGGCGCUCCAGAGCAACUUCGACAAGGCCGAAGGCAUCCAGGCGGAAGCUGAAGACGGCAAGGCGUUCCUGGCCAAGGAGGGCUCCCUGCUGGCCUUCUCUGCCUCCGAAGCGGUGCAGGCCUCCCUCGGAGCAGUCAGAGGAACGUCGGGGAAAGACGACUCCAAAGCGGAGGAUGACUCGAAAGGCAAAGAAGAAAGCUUCUCCAUGGACAGCGAUCUCGACUACAGCUCCGACGACAAUCUGCCCAGCCAAGUGGCCCACAAGGAGGACGAGGCUGGCAAUGGCCUGGAAGAGAGCAGCCAGAGCUCGGCCAACCCUAACAGCACCACCUCCACAGGGAAGAACCGGCGGCGGCGAACGGCUUUCACCAGCGAGCAGCUGCUGGAACUGGAGAAGGAGUUUCACUGCAAGAAAUACCUCUCGCUGACCGAGCGCUCUCAGAUCGCGCACGCCCUCAAACUCAGCGAAGUACAGGUCAAAAUCUGGUUCCAGAACAGGCGAGCCAAAUGGAAACGGGUGAAAGCCGGCAAUGCCAACUCCAAGACAGGGGAGCCCUCCCGAAACCCCAAGAUCGUGGUGCCGAUUCCCGUCCACGUCAGCAGGUUUGCCAUCAGGAGUCAACAUCAGCAGCUGGAACAAGCCAGGCCCUGAGAAAAGCUCGCUUUUCAUCUUGCCCCUCCCUCCCCCCCCCGCAAAAAUAUUUGGAGCAAAAAAAAAGUUUCCUCAAACCAGGGCUACCAUGAGAAUUUGCUCCCAGGCACUCCUAACGAGAACCCGAACUUCCCGCCUAACAAAGCCCGAAAGCCCAGAAUAUGUGCGGGAGUAUCAAAAGCCUUGAAGAGACAGUGCACAUAUUUAAUUUAUUAAACUGUCCGAACUCUAUAUCUAAAGCUCUGGAUCUCAGCUGCAGUAUUUUGACUGUGACGGGACCAAAUGACCAGGGACGUGAAGUCUUACAUUCCAGAAGUAUAUCCAAGUCCAGAACUGCAGCCCGUUGAAAUCGCCCCUCUUUUUUGGGUUGCUUGUUUCUGAUUCUUUGGAGAGAGAAAAGGGGAAGAAAACUGCCACUUUAACUGUUCCUUCUUUCUUUUUUUCUUAAUUAUUUUCUCGGAUGGCUGAGUAAAGGAGACAUUCUUCAGGUGCAUUCCACCUCCUGCCAAAAACCAUCUCCUCCUUGGAGGGUGUUUUGUUUGUUUGGGCCUGGCCUUCUUUCGGUUUGAUUGCCUAUUCCAAACCAUGUUCUGGUUUGUUUUGUUUAAAUGCACGACCUUUUUCUAUUGUGUUGAAUUAAUUUAUUUCCAAUGUAGUUUACUUUUCUUAAGUUAUGAAAAUGAAACGAAAUACAGUCAUGUUGUGAAUAAAAACCCAGAAAAGGGGAAAAAAUAAGAAAAAGGGAAAACCAGAGGCGUGAGCCGGUCUUCUGUGCAAGGCGUGAAGGGGCUGGGCUGGGCUGGACGUGGCUGCUGGAAGCUUCCUCUUGGAUGCUCUCGAAUGGGCGCCGUAGCUGCCUGCGGUUGUUAUGUGGGGGAGAGGUCCAAACGACCUGUAGAAAAACUGGGCUUAAGAUCAAGAAACUAGGCUCCAGCUGCAAGAGGAGACGUGUGGGGGAAACCUGUAUAGAUGCUCCUGUACGGAAUUCCUCCCAGAACUGAGAGCUAAAAGGGAUGGCGGGGCCAAAUGACCACAGAAGCGUAUCUUAAAAGGGAGGGCUGCUUUCGCACCGCAAAGGAACAGAUCUGAGGAGGGUCUCCUGCUCAGGAUCACUUCGUGUGGAUUAGUCACCCACUCCCCACCCUUUACUCACCUAGUCUAUGCCUCGGGAUUCGGUUGGGGUGGCGGGAGGUGGGGAGAUCCUCACCCCCCCCUUCCUCCUGUAAAAGGCAAGCGGGGAAUUUCAAUCACGCGGGUCCUGGGAAUCCCAGGAAACCCGGGUGAGGUGAUCCAGGUGAAGGAUAAUUUGUGGCUCUUGUGUAGACGGUGUUAGGAGGGCUCUGCGGAAGGCGAAUUCACGCGUUGCCUGGAAAAAGGAAGCACUUUUCCUCAGCCCACUCACUUGGCCACCUAAAAACACGGAGGACUUCGUCGGCUCUGAUUGCCAGUACAUUGAGAGCUCCCGUUUAAUUUCGAG